CUGUGAAUGUGUGUUUGUGUGGGGUUUAAAUGUGACGGAUAUGCAGUGUGGAGAACUGGUGCAGACUGGUUGAUUCUGCUGCUGUGCGCGCGGCACUGAAUGUACCAUAAUAAUGAGAUGAGCGGGGACCCUUACGUGUUCAUUAAGCCCUCUCGGGUAAAUGAUUAGUAACUUGUCCUUUUGUACCGAUACUUUUUCCGCUUUGACACAACAGUAUCAUCAGAGACCUCCAAUGGUUUCCUGCCUGAGCGGUGUUAAUCUGGACAGAACCACGAAGACGUGACAGGACACCGGAUUGCGUUCACAGGGAAUAUUUCCAGCCCGUCCCUGUAAAUCGCGUUGUGCUCGCAGUUUACGUGUCAUUGGAAAAUAAAGCCUUUGUCGUUUACAUAUCGUGACCCGGCAUAGAAACACAAUGGCGUGACGUCUCCCAUGCGAACGGACAGUCCCCAUUACUGCAAGGACAAGUGGAUGAAAUGUGUUUCAGAUUCUCAGGAAUUAAAGUGGUGAUGGAUGACGUUUGAUGACGUUUAUAUGAGACAUUGACAUGUUGACAUCAAAGCCUGUGUAAGGCUUGAACGAAAGAUCUGUAGGACAGGCAAAGCACAAGAACAAAGUGCUUGUGACUUGAAUAGUUGGUGUGAUGAAUGGAAGGAAUGUGAUUGUCUUGUGAAGAAUGUUUACCCUCACAGAAGUUGCCUCUCUAAAUGACAUCCAGCCAACUUAUCGGAUACUGAAACCAUGGUGGGACGUCUUUAUGGAUUACCUGGGUGUGGUCAUGCUUAUGCUGGCCAUAUUUGCCGGGACCAUGCAGUUAACCAAAGAUCAGGUGGUUUGUCUUCCUGUUCUGGAAUCGCUGGAGGACCGAACCCCUGUGCCCACGGAAAGGACACCAGAGAAAGCUCUUGGCUCAGGGACAGGAGGAGGCCAUGUGACAUUAGCAGCUGCACCUAUCGCAAGCAAAGAACAAACCGACAGUGUUGUCCAACGCUUCCCACAGUCGUCUGCUGUCAGGCAACCUCAGCCUACGGGUUUACGAACAAAUCUGGAUUUUCAGCAGUAUGUAUUUGUUAAUCAGAUGUGCUACCAUGUUGCACUCCCAUGGUAUUCAAAGUACUUUCCAUAUCUAGCUCUCAUUCACACUAUUGUUCUUAUGGUAAGCAGUAACUUUUGGUUCAAGUAUCCAAAGACCAGUUCCAAAAUUGAGCAUUUUGUGUCUAUUUUGGGGAAGUGUUUUGAGUCCCCUUGGACAACCAAGGCAUUGUCUGAGACAGCCUGUGAAGACUCAGAAGAGAAUAAGCAGAGAUUGACUGGAGCCUCCACAUUACCAAAGCAUUUUUCAACCAGCAGUGAAGAGGGAAGUCCAAAUCAGUCCACACCCAUGCUUGUAAAAUCUAGCAUUAAGUUUUCUACAGAGAAGCCAGUCAUCGAAGUUCCAAGCAUGACUAUACUUGAUAAGAAAGAUGGAGAGCAAGCUAAAGCACUUUUUGAGAAAGUGAGGAAAUUCCGCACACAUGUCGAAGAUAGUGACUUGAUCUACAAACUUUAUGUUGCUCAGACUAUAAUUAAAACUGUCAAAUUCAUUCUGAUUCUGUGUUACACCAUGACCUUUGUCACCUCCAUUAAAUUCGACCAUGAUUGUGAGCCAGAGAUUAAGCAUUUAACUGGAUACUCCAAAUUUAAGUGCACCCACAACAUGGCUUUCAUGUUGAAAAAGCUUCUCGUUAGCUACAUUGUCCUCAUUUUUGUUUAUGGCUUGGUUUGCAUUUACACUCUUUUUUGGCUGUUUAGACGGCCUCUUAAGGAGUAUUCCUUUGAAAAAGUUCGAGAAGAAAGCAGUUUUAGUGAUAUCCCAGAUGUGAAGAAUGACUUUGCUUUCCUCCUCCACAUGGUGGACCAGUAUGACCAGUUGUACUCGAAACGUUUUGGUGUCUUUCUCUCAGAGGUAAGUGAGAACAAACUGCGGGAAAUAAGCUUAAACCACGAGUGGACCUUUGAGAAACUACGGCAACACGUGACUCGUAAUGCACAGGAUAAGCUUGAGCUGCAUCUUUUCAUGCUCUCAGGUGUUCCUGAUGUUGUCUUUGAGCUGACUGAUUUAGAGGUCCUGAAAUUAGAACUCAUUCCAGAAGCACGUAUCACAGCAAAAAUUUCCCAGAUGAUCAAUCUUCACGAGUUGCACUUUUACCACUGCCCCGCCAAAGUCGAACAGACUGCAUUCAGUUUCCUCCGCGAUCACCUCCGGUGCCUUCACGUCAAGUUUACGGAUGUAGCAGAAAUUCCCACUUGGGUUUACAUGCUGAAGAACCUGAGAGAGCUCUACUUGGUGGGAAACUUGAACUCCGAGAAUAACAAAAUGAUAGGAUUAGAUUCCCUCAGGGACUUGAGGCAUCUAAAGAUCCUACAUCUGAAGAGCAACCUUACCAAGAUCCCAACUAACAUUACGGACUUAUCACCCCACCUGAUCAAACUUGUGGUUCACAACGAUGGUACUAAACUAUUGGUGUUAAAUAGUUUGAAAAAGAUGAUGAAUCUUGCUGAGCUGGAGCUGCACAAUUGUGAGCUGGAGAGGAUUCCGCAUGCAAUUUUUAGUUUGACCAACCUGCAGGAGUUGGACUUGAAAUCGAACAAUAUCCGUACCAUUGAAGAGGUCAUCAGCUUCCAGCACCUCAAAAGGCUUAACUGCCUCAAACUGUGGCACAAUAAAAUAAUUUCCAUUCCACUGUCCAUUAGUCACGUAAAAAACCUAGAGUUCCUCUAUCUGUCACAUAACAAACUUGAGACCUUGCCUACCACUCUAUUCAAUCUUCUCAAACUGAGAUACCUGGAUGUUAGUAACAACUCCAUCGUAGUGAUUCCUCCAGAGGUGGGGUUUCUCCAAAAUCUACAGCACUUUGCCAUCACUGGAAACAAGGUGGAAGUGGUGCCCAAGCAGCUGUUCAAAUGCACAAAGUUGCGUACCCUAUCCCUUGGACACAACUGCAUCUCGUCGCUACCAGAGAAAAUCGGACAGUUGCUGCAGCUGACUCAUCUUGAGCUGAAGGGGAACUGCCUGGAUCGCCUACCCGCACAGCUUGGCCAGUGCCGACUCUUGCGCCGAAAUGGUCUCAUUGUGGAGGACCACCUUUUUGAUUCACUGCCCCUAGAGGUCAAAGAGAGCAUAAGUCAGGAAAUCACUGCUACUUUUGCUAAUGGGGUGUGAUUGUGAAUCGGGAAGAAAUGUUUAGAC